ACAUGCAAGCAUUCGGCGACCAGCAAACAGGUUUGUUGAUGGACACCGACGAGUCAGGUACAAAAAAAGCACGUGAUUGCCCAAAAUUGCUAUUUGUGCGACCAUCAUGCGAACUAACCAUGUGACUUGGCAAGAUAUCAAUCACGUCUACGUCAAAGACGACGGAAGGGUUUGAUUUCUGCACAUUUCCAUCACCUUCGUAGGGGCUGUAGCGUUGCACGAGUAGCUCCCCGCUCUCUUAAGGGCACACGUGCAAACGCUCGCAGCGGCAACAAAGCGAUCGCUGUACGCACACUGGCAGAACCUGUGUUGGUCGGAUGGCACUCGACCAGUACUGAAAAGCGCUCCGUCCGCAACAACCUAACUUGGCCUCUUGGAGACGAGCCCACGGCAUCUUGGGCUCCAGAUGCAACCGGUCACGUACAUUCGAGCAAGCGAAUCUUGGGGCGGACAGAAGUUCAAAGCUAUUGACAAGUCCGGUCAAGUGCUGGUGUCCAUUCCAAUCCAAUUUGCGAGGGAUGGCGGGUGCAAUACAAUUGGCUUUGUGCUAUCUCAGGUAGCAUUUUGCUGGGAGCAGGAUGGGUUUCUUCAGUCCGAGACAGGGCAGCGGUUAGAAGCUGAGGCUCCACUAUUCGACGGCACUGCUAUCUUUGUUCGUGAAGAUGGGAGCACGGACGCCUGCACUCCUCGGAAAGGUCCGCGCUUCAAAUACAAAUACCGCGCACCAACAGAGAAUUCAAAUGCGGGCACCAUGAGCAACUCUAGCCGCUCUUCUGACCUUCAAAGCCGAUUCAGGGUUGCGCUCAUUGCGCGUGAUACAUUCUGUCUUCUGUCUGGAGCUGAUUACGAAGAUUGCGUUGCAAGCCACAUUCUUCCGUUAAGCAGGCCAGAGUACUACGCCGAAGUAUUGGGAGAGGACGUGCAAUACCUUUUCAAGGCCGAGUACGGCCUUUUGCUUCGCAGCGAUCUACAUCACUCAUUUGACCGGGGCGAAUGGGCACUUCACAUCGAUGGAGACAACUUAGUGGUUCAUGUCUUCAAAGGAAGAGGCUCCGCUAAACCAUAUCAUGGUCAAAUUAUCACUCCGGCAAGGUUUCACCUCCGCCCAGAAUCUCACCCCAACCGGGAUGCCCUGAUGUUCCACUACCAGCAAUGUAGCAUUCAACGAUUCCGAGGCUUUUCCUCUGGCUUCGAUUAAAGUAAUCGUUUGGAUUUCUCAUGCGAAGAAUACACAACUGGCCUGCAAUGCCAGCCAGUUCGUUCCAAUAUGAGCGCCUUCAUGCUUGCUCGUCGUUCGCAAAGGCUAGCAAUUGUAGUGGAGGAAAAGUAAGGUCAGCGCGGCGAAGCAUCCCAGAGCGAGCGCCCUUCGGAAGCAGUGGAGUCUGUCUUCUAACGAUAUAUAGGCGGUACAUAAUGGGUGGAUUGAUUGUGCGUGGCCAAUGAC